AUGGCAUCAAGACAUACAUGGGAGGCAGCAGAUGCUGGCGUUAUGCUUUGGCAGCCGGCUACGGAAACUGCAUUGGACUUGAUACCAGAAGAGCCACAGGAACCAUGGGAGACACUGAAAGAAGAGGAUAUACAAGAUUCUCUAGGUGGUAGUCACGACGACGAGGAAGAAGUGAUCCUUCCUUCCAUCGAAAAAUUCAGCUCUGGGACACAUGUAAAAGAUGAGCUUGUGCAGCAUCUUUACACGUUGCGGUCAUCGAGUCCGUCUACUGCUUGUGCUGACAAGGGAAGCCAUAUGCAAGACGCAUCAUCAUCAACAAUACGAGCUCGUUCGGUAUCGUCGUCGACUUUCUCUAAUCUAUUAUCCGGCAUUGAGCUGUACGGGCAAUCCGAGUCUCCUGUGCGGCCAACAGACGGACAGGAUAUUACUGGAUCUCCACAGAGUCCCUCAAACUCAGCGAGUUCUGGGUCAGAUUGGGCUGACUACGAGUUCGUUGCUUCCUCGCCUUGUCCUAAUCGAGGACUUACCAGUCAACUACUGGAGACACCUAUUGCGAACCCCCUGCAAAAGCCUUUGGAUUCUGGGAUGGCCACCUCACGAGAAACGACCGAUACCGUACCACAGGCGGUGGAUUCAUGCGGUAGAGCAGCACUCAUAGCAUUACGAGGUUUAGAAAGAGAUCCACCCCAUCACUGGGACGAAGACGAAAGAGAGCUCCUAGUCAUUCUCCAUCGAUGGUAUGAAGACGCGACACCAACAUCCAUCUCACAGGUUUUCAACGCGGUGACCGGUCUACAGCUUUCACCCCGUAUCGUACGAAACCAAUUCAAUAAUUACAUCUUGCUGUACGGCGGUCGGGCGUUCCCAGAGUACCAGCGGGUUAUGGCAGUUCCUUUCUCUGACCCCAAGGUAUACAAUGAGAUUCGCGAUAUUAUUGAUAAUACAGCAAUUGAAUUUGGUAUUAAUCUACCGCGCAGAAGGGUUGAGGUGAUAUUCGAAUCGGGGCAAGCACGGUCGGCCAAAUCACCAAAGACGCGUAAACAUUAUAGGAACCUUGUUAGACGUGCUGCGGAGAAGGAAAGGGAGAAACUUCGCGUACUCAGACAACCACAAUCCAUGGAGCCAGAGCCAGAGCCAGAGCCGGAGAAACCUUUACGAGCCUGCCUGAUAGGGCGGACGACUCUAGCUCCCAAUCCUGAAUGGGAAGUUGAAGACAUAUUCUUCGAUGUAGAAGAACCUCUGGCUUCGAGGAGCAUUUUGCCUAGAACUUCAUUAAUUGUUCCACAUGGAACUCCAUCAAGACCUCAUCCUAGUACCCGUCACAUCGGCUUCCGCGUCUGGGACGGGGAUAGCAGAACCAUGUUCACGGAAGAAGACGGCUUUGUUAGCGAAGCGUUUGCACGAUUCUGGAGUGGGGAUUAUCCACCGCCUUUCUCUCCAGAAGAAGCACAAGGUCUCCAAGCUCUCAAGAUCUUGACUAACCUGCAUCUUUCCUUGAGUGGCGGUGCCUCGACAUUUGUUUCCGUCUCGACUAGCCUCUUGCAGGCCUUGGUGAAAGCAUCGAAUAUGAAAGAGCCAAUAAUCGCAAUCAAACGAAUGGUCUGGGCCGACGUACAAGCCGAUGCUAUCCUCUCACACUUCCCACUCGCAGACCUGCAGUCCCUCUCGAACCAGGACCAAACAUGCAGUGAAAUACUAAGCCUACAAUGCAUCCAGCCCGGAAAAAGAACCAGUUCUGUCUCGUCCAAAAUGCGCGCCCAGAACAAGAUGCUCAAUACUACAACGGCCAAGGCAAUGGCCGCUGUGUGUCGAACCUUUGGCAUGCACCGCAAAAACGUGAGUCUGGCACAUGUUCAAGGCUUGGUGGCUAGCCUGGUCGAUUCAUUCAGUGUUCAAGCGAACAGCGCCACAGAUAUUCAUACUACGAGUUCUAUUGCUAGUGCUUUUGCACUGGCGCUGCGUUCGAGAGUGCAUCUUUAUCAGCAGGUUAUGCAGGCUUUUCAGGAUGGUAUUGGUCAGGGGAUGGAGAGUGUUGAGUAUUAUUCCGGGAGAGGGCGUCGUGGUGCUGCGGGUAUGUGA